AUGUCUGUAUUGGUCAAGGGAGCAGGCAGGGUUUGCGCUCGCAACCCGAGCUGUUGCUACUCGGCGCCGAGGUUACGGACAGCCGCCAUCUCAUCAACCUCCACAGCAAACUAUACGGCGUCUCGGUCACAGAGGAGGUUACCAAGGACGACUGCAGCCUCCUGGACGCAAACGCGCCUCUUCUCCGUCAGCAGGCCACGGCGGUACGCUACCGAGGAGGAAUCCUUCGAUCCCCGGACGGUCGAGAGGGAGAGCGAUGAGGUGGAUGUUUGCAUUGUGGGUGGAGGCCCGGCCGGUCUCAGUGCCGCGAUCCGCUUGAAGCAGCUCGCAAACGAGGCCGGCAAUGAAGACUUCCGCGUUCUCCUCCUCGAAAAGGCCGGCGAGCUCGGCGCGCACAUCGUGUCGGGCGCCGUGAUCCAACCCACCGCCAUCGACGAGUUGAUCCCCGACUGGCUGUCCGAGGACAACCCCGACCGCUUCGAGCAUGCGACGCCCGCAGGCACCGACCGCAUGCGCUUCCUGACCAAGACGAGAGCCAUCCCCCUGCCCGGCCCGCCGCAGAUGAACAACCACGGCAACUAUAUCGUCAGCCUGGGCCAGUUCACCGCCUGGCUGGGCGCGCGCGCUGAGGAGCUCGGCGUCGAGGUUUAUCCGGGCUUCGCCGCCUCCGAGGUCAUUUACAAGUCGGACGGCUCGGUUCUCGGAGUCGCCACCAACGACCUGGGCAUUGGGCGCGACGGCAAGCCCAAGGACUCGUUCGAGCGCGGCAUGGAGUUCCACGCCCGCUGCACGCUCUUCGCCGAGGGUUGCCACGGUAGCUUGACCAAGCAGGUUACCAAGAAGUUCGACCUGCGCCGCGACAGCCAGCCGCAGACGUACGGGCUCGGGCUCAAGGAGGUCUGGGAGGUCGACCCGGCCAAGUUCCGCAAGGGUGAGAUAACGCACUCGCUCGGCUACCCGCUGCCCAAGGACGUGUAUGGCGGCGCGUGGAUGUACCACUUUGGCGACAACCUCGUGUCGCUCGGCCUCGUCGUCGCCCUCGACUAUCCGAAUCCCUGGAUGUCGCCGUACCAGGAGUUCCAAAAGAUGAAGAAGCACCCGCUCUACAGGGAGGUGCUUGAGGGCGGCAAGUGCAUCUCGUACGGCGCCCGCGCCCUGAUCGAGGGCGGGUUCCAGUCAAUCCCUAAGGUCGCCUUUCCUGGCGGCGCCCUGAUCGGCGACUCUGCCGGCUUCGUCAACGUGCCCAAGGUCAAGGGCACGCACAACGCCAUGAAGUCAGGAAUGUUGGCGGCCGAGGCCGCAUGGAAGGCCCUGGGCACAAACGAGAGCAAGGGGUCCGUCUUUCUCUACGACUACGAGAGCUCGCUGCGCCAGUCCAGCAUAUGGAAGGAGCUCAAGGAGGUGCGCAACAUGCGCCCGUCCUUCCACAACCCGCUUGGCCUGUACGGCGGCAUCAUGUACUCGGGACUGGAGGCAUACGUCCUCAAGGGCCGCGUGCCCUGGACGUUGAAGCACAAAACGACCGACCACGGCGCCACCAAGCCGGCGGACCAGUGCGAAAAGAUCGAGUACGAAAAGCCCGACGGCGAGAUCACCUUUGACAUUCUCACCAGCGUCUCCCGCACCGGCACCAACCACGAGGAAGACCAGCCGGUACACCUGCAAGUCAAGGACUGGGACCGCCACGCGCUCGAGACCUGGCCCAAGUUCAAGGGCCUGGAGAACAGAUUCUGCCCGGCCGGUGUGUACGAAUACGUCGAGGAUCAUUCCAAGGAGCUGGGUGUCAGGUUCCAAAUCAAUGCUCAAAAGUAA